AUGCACAGCCAGCAACAACCAGACGGUUAUACCAGGCCACAAGCUAGUCAUGCACAGCUAGCCACAACUAACCAGUCAUGCACAGCUAGCCACAAUCAGCCAAUCAUGCUUAGCCAGCCACAGCCAGCCAGUCAUGCACAGCCAGCCAGUCAUGCACAGCCAGCUAGUCAUGCACAGCCAGCCAGUCACAACUACCCAGUCAUGCACAACCAGCCAGUCAUGCGCAGCCAGCAAGCCUGUCAUGCACAGCCAGCUAGCCAAAACUACCCAGUCAUGCACAGACAGCCAGCCACAACUACCCAGUCAUGCACAACCAGCCAGUCAUGCGCAGCCAGCAAGCCUGUCAUGCACAGCCAGCUAGCCAAAACUAGCCAGUCAUGCACAACCAGCCACUCAUGCACAGCCAGCCAGCCACAACUACCCAGUAAUGCACAACCAGCCAGUCAUGCACAGACAGCCAGCCACAACUACCCAGUCAUGCACAACCAGCCAGUCAUGCGCAGCCAGCAAGCCUGUCAUGUCAUGCACAACCAGCCACUCAUGCACAGCCAGCCAGCCACAACUACCCAGUCAUGCACAACCAGCCAAUCAUGCACAGCCAGCUAG